AUGGGGGUUAAAAAACGGGAGACGACUAGGAGGGUACGAGGGAGCUGGAAGCCGACUACUGGAUUAACCCAGGUGCUGGCACCAUCUCCGGCCAGACUAAACUGCCGAGCGCGAUCAGAUGGGGAAAGGAGAGCCGAGGGCUUAGGGGACCUAGAAGUGUGGCAAACUCCAGCGGGAGAACCUCCGGGGGGUGGGGGGAGGCGGGGGGCGUCUCCUACCUCUGAAACCCCACCCCGGACCCUGCCCACUUCCUCUACAGCCGCCGGGUCACGCCGGCUCCCUUCACCAUUGUUAAGCCUGGCCCAAGAGAAAGCUUGCACGGAGUUCCCUGGAGAAUACACUGUUGCUACUGCCAGGGCAGGAACGAAAGAUGAGGAAGAGGAUAAAGGCAGACCCAGGUUCCCCAGCGGCGCGCUCUGCCCGAAUCAGAUUGCAGCGGCCACAAUCUGGAGAGAGCGCAGAGCGCAGAGCCUAGUCCUCUGCUUCUCUGGUCUCCUCUGCUGCCGCCGCCGCCUUCUAGUCCUCGCCCCCUUUUUCCCCUGCUGCCCCAGCGAGGCCGCGGGUGACACAUGUACACGCACACACAGCAGGGGGAGCCCCGCCUCGGGUUGCAGCAAAGUUGCCUGCGUCCUCGCGCGCGCGCGCGCGCGCCAGAGAACGAGCCUGCAGGAGAUAACACGCCCUGCAGCUGCGCCUUCCCUCCGGCCCGCCCGGGGUGAGUGUGCGCGCGGAAGCAGAGGCCAGCCUUCGGUGCGCGGCACAGCAGCGUCCUCCCCGGCCGGCCGAGGAGCAGCAGGCAGGCGAGGGAGUGGAAUGGGGAGAAGGGAAGGGAAGGAGGCUGGCGUUGCCUCCCAUUCCCCACCCCUCAUCUCCAACACGCGAGGAAACGCGAGGCUCGCGGGAGAAGAUGGAUGGCUCCGGUGGCCAACCGCAGUCCAGACUUUCUCGCCCAACUCUACGUCCUCCAGGGCCGUCUUCCCUCGCGGGGAGGCGGCGUUUUGGAUGCGGCUGCUCCGUGGCUUCCUAUCUCUUGAAGCUAGUGAUGUUUGAAGCUGGGACAGGCCCAAGGGGACCCGACUACGCGAACUCUUGCCUAAGCUCAGAGCGACCCGUCCCGUUCAAACCAAGCACAGAGGAUAUUUGGAAGUGCAUUAGGCUGCAGUAUGGCUCCAGGGUAGAGUCCCUCUCUUGUACUCAUGUCUCAUCUCUCAAGGCCCUCAAUCACAAAGUUACAGCUCUCCUAGUUGGGAAGGAAUUCUGAAGGUCAUCAGUUUCUGUACCUGAACAGAAAUCCCCUCCAUGAUGUUUGAAGAUCCUCUCUAUUGGGAAACACACUGCUUCCAGAGUUUAGUAAAAUGCCUGGCACGUAGUAGGCGCUUUAUAAAUGGAAGAAUUUAAAGAAUUCCCAUUCUACAUUAUUCGAGUUUUUAAGUCGUUUUCCAUCUUUUACUGCUAAUUCUGGCGUCUGGGGUUUAGCGGAACAAUCACUUUUUCAUGAGACGACCCUUCACAUAAUUGAAAACCAGAGCCUCCCCUCUCCUCCUCCCUUUUUUAGCUUAAGCAUUACCAGUAUAUAUAAACAAGUCCACAAUCAUUUAUUCAGCACCUACUAUGGGCCAGGUACGAUGCUAACUGCUGAGGAAAAAGAAAAGCAAAAACAAUCUCUUCCCUCAAGAAGUUUACAACUCUAAUGAGGAAUAGAAAAGGCAAACAACUGCACAAACAAAAUAGGCUGAAUAAACUGGAGAUAAUCUCAGAGGGAAGGCACUAAUGGUGGAGUGUAGAGAUUGGGGUGAUGAGAUCCUGGGUAGCUAGCUGAGUAUUGGCAGAGAAAGGCCGAAUAACUGUAUACAUUCUGGUAACCUAGCUAAUCCCAGAGACAAGUUGGGAGGAGCACUGAUUGGAUCAUAUCAGCCUUAAAUUCUCAAGUAGGCCUUUUGUUCAAGUGGACUUUUUAAUUAUACUCCCAUUGCAGGUGUGGUGAGGAGCAGGGAGCUUUAGAAACCCCCCCCCUUUACUUAUCCAAUCAGAAAGCCAAGCUAUGACGUCAGUCCCCCGUUUCUCCCCCCCAUCCCCAACCUUAUAAUUUCCCUAUAAAAGAUCCUAUCUGUAGCUAACUCUUUUUAGGAUGCUAAUCAAUAGCAUACUUCCACCUCAUGUCUUCCCUUGUUAAUUUCCUUACUAAAGACUGUUAUGGAUUUAGCCCACUCUUAGCUUAAUAAAAUCUUUGCUCCUUGAUUUGGAGGUCGAUGCCUACAAAUUAAAUUCUUUUGGGAGGACUUGAGACAUACCCAUACCCCAUCAUUCUGAUGACCUUGUACAGGAAGAAUCUGGUUGUACCUUAACCUCAACAGUAGCAGGGUGUGCAAAGGCCUCUUUAAAAAGAUAGGAUUUAAUCUGAUUCUUCAAAGAGGACAGGAGAGAGCAUUCCAGGAAGGGGGGUGGGGUGGGGAGAGACAAGCAAUGAAAAGGCAAGUUAGACUGCUUUAUGUGAAAGAGCAAAAGGACAAUGGCUAGAUUGGUGCCUUACUGAGCAAGUUAAGAGAAGAAAAGUAUAUGAAGACUUGAGAGUAAAGAAAAAAACAAAUUGUGAAGGGUUGAAAAAACCAAGUAGAAGAUUUAUUUAUUUAUUUAUUACAUGUACAAUAUUUUUAAACAUUUCCAUAUUUGUUAUGUUGUGCAAGAAAAAUUAGACCAAAAGGGAAGAAAGCGUUAUAAUUUCCCAACUAACUCUCUGGAGGGCUUCAGGAUCAGCCCGAGUCCUUGGUCUUAGUGGAGGAGUGAAGGAGGCAGGAGGGCUUCCACGUGGCUGGUCAAAGAUGGAGUCUGGAAGCUGGUAUCUUCUCUUGUGUCUGUGGCUGAGAGAGUGUUCCCAGUUGUCCCAGCCCUUAAAUACUUCAGUAAGAUUAUAUUAGUACAACACACUGAGCAUGUGAAAUCAUUACAUCACCAUACAAAGUACUAAGUAUAUACUUAACUCCAAAUACCUCGCUGACCUAGAUUUAUGUAUACCUUUUUAGAGUUCAGCCCUCUAUAAAGCAUGAGAAAGAAAAAGCAAACAAACAAAAACAGGUGAAAUUACUAUGCUUCCACUUAUAUUCAGUCUCCAAACUCCCUCUAGAUGUAGAUGACAUUUUCCAUCCUAAGUCUAUUGGAAUUGGCUUGGAUCAAUGCUUUGCUGAGAAGAGCCAGGUCCAUCCCAUUUGGUCAUCACAUAAUCUUGCUAUUGCUGUGUACAAUGUUCUGGUUCUGCUCAUUUCACUCAGGAUCAUUUCAUAUAAAUCUUUCCAGGUUUUUCGGAAAUCAUCCUGCUCAUCAUUUUUUAUAGAACAGUAAUAUAUUCUCAAAUGGAAGAUUUUUAAUUUGAUCUUGGUCUUAAUAAAUCAUACCAUGUAUGGCA